AUGUCCGCCCGCCGCCCCCGUCCAAUAGGGCACCGCCACCUGUCCAUGCGCCGCCGUACCGCGGCCGCGGCCCGCGAGGCCCAUGAUCGGCCCGCCCGCGCCCGCCGGAUCCCCGCGCCGCCGCCUCCUGGACUCACCGCCGUCCGCCGGCGCGCCUCUCCCUCCGCCUCCGACUUCGGCCCCGCCGCCGAGCCGCCGCCCGGUCAGCCCUCCGCCGCCGCGCGCCCGCGAGCACCUCCCCGCGCCUCCCCUUCUCCUCCUGUCCCCGCUGCCGAUUCGCCGCCGGCCACCGCGCCACCUCACCCCGCCGCCGGAUCUCCAAGCUCGCCGGAGCGCACCGCCCCCGUCGCCGCGCCACGGAUCCGGCCGUCCCCGACCUCCCCGGCCUCCUCCCGCGCCUCCUCCGACCUCCUCCUCGCCGGAGCUCCUCGCCGGAACCGCCCCGCCAUCGCCGGAGUUGGGCUGGAUCAGAUCCACCCAUCCCAUCAACCAAACGUCUCCCCGCAGCCUGCACCGCUCCGUCCCGGGUCGACCCCGUCCCGUUUCUCGCGAGGGUAUAUUUUCAGCAAGUCCCUGAGAUUUUGCGUUAUGUACCCACGUUCAUCCUGCCAUAACUUCAUGUGUGCUGCUCCGUUUCAUGCAUAUGAUAUAUCGAAAUGUUCGUCAUGA